AAUGGGUCUCGGCUGCACCUGGCUCAGCGUCCAGAUGAAGCACUCGGUCCGGGAGGCCACGGACUUCCCAGAGGGCUGGGACAACCACAUCGACUCUGCGCUGUGCGGGGGCCUGGGCGCCCUGCUCAACCUGAUGAUCGGCAAGUCGCUCGUGAAGAUGGUCCUCAAGAAG